GUUUGGGUCCUUUACUUGUCCCCUCCCCCAAGCCACCAUACCAUACCAGAAAAGCACCCAUUCUCUCUCUCUCUCUCUCUCUCUCUCUCUCUCAAACACUAAGCCAAGGAAAGCUUCGACUCUGAUUGUUUUCCGCAUCUAAACCUCUACGUCUAGAGAUGUCGAUCUUUGAGUAUAAUGGAAGUGCUCUGGUGGCAAUGGUGGGAAAGAAUUGCUUCGCCAUCGCCAGCGACCGGCGCCUUGGUGUGCAGCUGCAGACUAUCGCGACUGACUUUCAGAAGAUUUAUAAAAUCCACGAUAAACUCUUCAUCGGUCUCGCUGGCCUCGCUACCGAUGCACAAACGCUGUAUCAGAGGCUUGUUUUCCGCCACAAGUUAUAUCAGCUACGAGAAGAGAGGGAUAUGAAGCCAGAAACAUUUGCUAGCCUUGUGUCUGCUCUUCUCUAUGAGAAAAGGUUUGGUCCAUACUUUUGCCAACCUGUUAUUGCUGGAUUGGGCGAUGAAGACAAACCCUUCAUAUGCACUAUGGAUUCCAUUGGGGCUAAGGAACUUGCCAAAGAUUUUGUUGUUGCUGGAACGGCCUCAGAGUCACUCUAUGGUGCCUGUGAAUCAAUGUUCAAGCCUGACAUGGAAGCUGAGGAGUUGUUCGAAACCAUCUCACAAGCUCUGCUAUCUUCCGUAGACCGUGAUUGUUUGAGUGGCUGGGGAGGGCAUGUUUACCUUGUCACACCAACUGAAGUUACAGAAAGAAUCCUAAAGGGAAGGAUGGAUUGAUUUUUGUGCACGAAUGCGGGAGGAUUUUCCUAUAUUUCCAUCAGGGGAUGUUUUGGUGAUAGAAUGCUGUUGUAUGACAUUAAUGUUUAUUCAGAUUUCAAAAAUCAGAUGUUGCAUUUAUCAUCACUGUAUUCUCUCUAAAUGCUUGAAAAUGGGACAGUGCGCUUUUAAGCUGAUACUAUCUAGUUGUCUGCUAGUAAUUUGAUGCUUUCUGCUUUCAA